AUGAAGUUCACGUUAUUACUGGGUGUGUCCUUCACGACACUGUUCUGGACAUGUUGGGCGCAGACGAACCAGACUGCAUUCCUCGAUGCAUUCGCCCACGUUCCAGUGUGUGCUCAACAAUGCAUCCUAUCAAAAAUACCAGAAUCAGCAUGUAAAACAUUCAGCAAUGCAACGUGCAUAUGUACAAACCAACGGCUCAAGGACCAGACCCAGGAAUGCCUGGAGACGGCUUGCAGCGUGUCCGAUAUUCUCACCGUCGGCAGAGUUCAAGCCGAUGCCUGCGAUAGCCCCCUGCGGUCGAUGAAAGCGCAGCUGAUGGCUCCCCUGGCCAUCGAGCUCUUGGGGAUCCCGGCUGUGCUCCUCCGGCUGUACAGCCGUUGGAGAUACACGGCCGGCUACGAGAUCGAUGACUGGAUCAUGGUCGCCUGUCUUCCGAUCUUCAUUGUCUUCGAGGUCAUAGGUCAUAUAUCUGGCCAGCUUGGUUUUGGCGUCGACGUUUGGAUGGUUGAGCCGUCCGUCUUCUCAUACGCCCUGAAGCUCUUCUACGUCGAUGAGUCUUUUUACCUCGCCGUCCUCAUCCUGACCAAGAUCUCCAUGCUGUUCUUCUACCUGCGCAUCUUCCCGCAGCGGAAGUUCCGCUGGGCCUGCUACGGCGUGAUGGGCUGGGUGGCAGGAAGCGGCGUCAUCUUUAUCUUUAUGCAGAUAUUCCAGUGCGUGCCGGUACCGUUCGUGUGGGAAGGGUGGCUGGGCACCUUCGGCCAGCACCGGUGCCUCGACGUGCAGGCCCUCACGUACACGGCCGCUGGGUUCAGCAUCUUGCAGGACCUCGUCAUCCUCGUCAUGCCGCUUCCUUUGCUCUGGAACGUCCACACGGGGCUGCGACAGCGCGUAGACAUCGGCAUCAUGUUCAGCCUGGGCUUCUUCAUCCUGCUCACGAGCUGCAUCCGUCUCGGCUUCCUCGUCAAGUUCGCGAGCACCUACAACCCGUCGUGGGACUACGCGGGCCCGCUGAUCUGGUCCGGCCUCGAGUGCGGCGUCUCCAUGAUCGUCACCAGCCUGCCGGCCAUACGCACCCUGAUGACGCGCAGGAAAUCGUCCCUGGCCGGCUCGACCGCCGUCAAGCGCUCCGACUACGCGUCGGAGGGGUCGUCGCGGUGGGGGAGCAGGGCGAAGAAGAGCACCAACUGGUCGCUGUUCACCACCAAGGCCGGCACGCAGGUCCAGAACGAGAGCGAGGUCGAGCUGGGCGACAAGGUCCGCUCGCCGGAGUCGCUGAAGAUGGACGCUGGGUCGGUUUCUGGCGUCGGCCAGAGGCAGUCCUCGUUUGAGUGA